AAAAAAUCAUCACUUAACAUAAUGCACACUGGUUGUUCAACCUCACCAACUUAUGUUUUCAGGAAGCAUCAGCUUGUCCAGCCUCACAUUCCUCAUUCAGCUGGAUGCCUGCUGGUAUUUGACCUGGGCAAUCGUGAGUCUUUCAGAGUCAUUGAGCGUCAGUACACAGAGGUGUGUAAUAGAGUGAAUCCAUACACUGUCCUUUUUGUACUUGUGGGACACAAGUGUGAAAGAAAAGAGCGGGAAGUGAAUCAAGAGGAGGUGGAACAGUUCGCAAGUGCAUUGGGAGCACCAUACAUCGAGGCCUCGGCUAGAACGGGUCACAAUGUGGCAGAAGCUUUUGAGCUGUUGACCCGACGCAUUUAUCAGGGCUAUCUGAGUGGAGAGGUAAGCUUGCAUGAAAGAUGGGGCAAGAUUCACAAAGACAAGCCAGCUGAAAAUAAGACCAAUAAGAAUGAGCCAGCUGAAAACAACAAAUGUUGUGUCUUAUAAAGUCAAUGUGAAACUGUUUUUUUUUUUUUCAUCUUUGGCCAUUCAAAAGUAGCCAUGUAUUUUGAUGAAAAU